UUUGUGUUUAUGGUAGUCUAUGGUGUAGAUAUGGUAUUCUUCCAUUCUUCAUUAAUUAUUAAUAAAUAAGUAAUUAAUUUAUCAAAAUAUCUCCACCGAUUUUGUGGUUAUCUUCUGUUCUUAAUACAUUCACCAUGAUUUCAACCGUAGUUUACCAGGAUAAGCCUCAUUCAACUAGUUUAUAGAGUCCGAAUUGCCCUCUUGCAAAUAGUGUCCUAACUUCAUACGCUGCUCCAUGAUCCUGAAUCAGUAUUAUCUUCUUAUUUCAAUUUUAGAGAAUGAGCAACUCAGAACUGCAAGAAGAGGAGAAAGAAGUCCUUCUAUCAAUUUAUGAUGGCGAUGCAGCUUUCAAGCAGGUGACACCAACCGUCUAUCAGUAUAAGUACGGUGAGGAUGGCAGUUCCAAAUCACUUCUAUUGGAAGUUUCUUGGGGUGAAAACUACCCAUCAGAAAAACCUGUUUUCAACAUGGAUACUUUCUACAAUAAUCAGCUGUCGACGGCUGUGAAAAGUGCUGUGAUAAAAUAUUUAAAUGAAGAGGCAGAACAAUGGCUAGAGUCUCCCAUGACUUACACAUUAUUUGAAGGUUUGAAAGAAAAGUUUGAUGAGUUCAUAUCAAUUCAGGAAGAAGCCCCACCUGUCAAAAUUGAGGAGGCUGUUUCAAAAUUGAGUAUCGAACCUGAGAAUGUGAAGAAAGUUGUAGUCCCCAAGGAACAAUUAUCGAAAGCCCAGAAGCGCAAAAUGUGGGAUCGGGUGGACAACAAGGGUGAGAAGCCUAGAGGUUGGAAUUGGGUGGAUAUUAUUAAACAUCUCUCCCAGUCUGGAAUGAAAGAGUCAAAUCCUGCCAGUUGAGUCACUACUAAAGUACCUUUUUAUUUAAGUUCUUUUGCCAAGCACCUCAUUUAUAUAGUUUUAGGACCUUUUUGAAUUUCAAGUAAAAUAUUUUGUUACUCAA